UUAAAGUAUAUACCUUAUAAUAUAUUUGUUGUAGAACAAGGAAAAUUAAUGAAUUUAGCAUUUAAUUAUAUCACAAAAAAUUCAAUUUUACCCAAAUCAUCUGGUGAAAUAUAUGAAUGCUUUAUAUUCCAUGAUGUUGAUCUUAUACCACAAAUCUCACCAAUUGAUGAAUAUUUUGAUCUGUAUAAAUAUUUUAUUUAUAAUUGCUCUAAUAGUAACCCCAUUCACAUAUCUUCAUCUAUUGAUGAAAUGCGAUACAACUUGAUAUAUCCCACUCUUGUUGGUGGGAUUUUGUCUUUCACACCCACUCAAUUCAUCAAAACAAAUGGAUUUUCUAAUCUAUAUACCCGUUGGGGUGCAGAAGAUGAUGAUAUGUCUAAGAGAAUACUGGAUACUGGUAUGAAUAUUACGCAUUUACCACUCAAUUACGGGAAAUUCCAUAUGAUUAGACAUGCAAAACAUGAAAAAUCGAAGAAUAGAAAUGAAUUACUAAAAUACUGGACCAGAUGGAGAUACGACGGUCUAAACUCGCUUAAUAAUUCCUUGUCAUUAAUUAAAAAAAAGUUUGGUCAAAGUCUCGAAUUAAUGAAACUUUUGUCAACAGAUAGCAGCUAUCAAGAUUUAUUAAAAGAAGAAAAUUUAUUUAAAAAUAACGAAAUGGAAAAAAUUGGUUAUAGUAUAAGAUUAGAUCUGACUAAUGUCCUUAGUUAUAUUAAUAUCUCAAUUCGGCUUUAUUGAUUUUUCAUUUUGUAAUGCAACCAUGGAUAAAAAAAAAUAAUUUAUUUUUUGAAAAUAUUAAUAUUAUUCUCAAUUAUUGGUAUGUAUUUAUAUAUAAAAAAUAUUAUUUCAUUUUUAUAUAUAAAUGCAAUAUAGAAGAUCGUCAUAAAAAAGGAACAAUGACAUUAUAUGAAUUGUCAAAUAAAUAUAUUAAUUAUUAAAUAUUUUUAGGUA